AUGAAGGAACCGGAUGCCAUCAAGCUGUUUGUGGGGCAGAUACCGAGGCAUCUGGAGGAAAAGGACCUGAAACCCAUCUUCGAACAGUUUGGUCGGAUCUUCGAGCUGACUGUCAUCAAGGACAAGUACACCGGGCUGCACAAGGGAUGUGCCUUCCUGACAUACUGUGCCCGCGAUUCAGCCCUGAAGGCCCAGAGCGCCCUGCACGAACAGAAGACGCUUCCAGGGAUGAACAGGCCGAUCCAGGUCAAGCCAGCCGACAGCGAGAGCCGAGGAGGUAGGUUCUGCCCUGAACCUGCCCCUCCUCCUGUGCCCUACCCGCCAGAAGACCGGAAGCUCUUUGUGGGGAUGCUAGGGAAGCAGCAGACAGAUGAGGACGUCCGGAAGAUGUUCGAGCCUUUCGGGACCAUAGACGAGUGCACUGUGCUCCGGGGCCCAGACGGCACCAGCAAAGGCUGCGCCUUCGUGAAGUUCCAGACCCACGCCGAGGCCCAGGCAGCCAUCAACACCCUUCACAGCAGCCGGACCCUGCCGGGUGCCUCGUCCAGCCUGGUGGUGAAGUUUGCUGACACGGAGAAGGAGCGAGGUCUCCGCCGAAUGCAGCAGGUGGCCACCCAGCUGGGCAUGUUCAGCCCCAUCGCCCUCCAGUUCGGAGCCUACAGCGCCUACACCCAGGCCCUGAUGCAGCAGCAGGCGGCCCUGGUAGCGGCUCACAGUGCCUACCUCAGCCCCAUGGCCACCAUGGCGGCCGUGCAGAUGCAGCACAUGGCCGCCAUCAAUGCCAAUGGCCUCAUCGCCACCCCCAUCACCCCGUCCUCAGGAACCAGCACCCCUCCUGCCAUCGCUGCCACGCCCGUCUCUGCAAUCCCUGCUGCCCUGGGCGUCAACGGCUACAGCCCGGUGCCCACCCAGCCCACUGGGCAGCCUGCCCCUGAUGCUCUGUAUCCCAACGGGGUUCACCCCUACCCAGCCCAGAGCCCCGCGGCCCCCGUGGACCCCCUGCAGCAGGCCUACGCGGGGAUGCAGCACUAUACAGGGCCAGCCUACCCGGCAGCCUACAGCCUGGUGGCGCCCGCGUUCCCACAGCCUCCUGCCCUGGUGCAGCAGCAGCAACGGGAAGGCCCUGAUGGCUGCAACAUCUUCAUCUACCACCUGCCCCAGGAGUUCACCGACUCAGAGAUCCUCCAGAUGUUUGUCCCCUUUGGCCACGUCAUCUCAGCCAAAGUCUUUGUUGACCGGGCCACCAAUCAGAGCAAGUGUUUUGGCUUUGUGAGUUUCGACAAUCCAGCCAGUGCCCAGGCUGCCAUCCAGGCCAUGAACGGUUUCCAGAUUGGCAUGAAGCGCCUCAAAGUCCAGCUAAAGCGGCCUAAGGAUGCCAACCGGCCCUACUGA